AUGACACUACUUGCGGGUCUUGCACUUCAGAAAGCGACGCAGUAUCUUCAACAUCUCCAAACACUUGCUCACCUAAAUGCACAGUUGGCUCAAACGGCUGCGCAACUUGCGCAGAUGACACUACUUGCGGAUCUUGCACUUCAGAAAGCGACGCAGUAUCUUCAACAUCUCCAAACACUUGCUCACCUAAAUGCACAGCUGGCUCAAAUGGCUGCGCAACUUGCACAGAUAGCACUACUUGUGGGUCUUGCACUUCAGAAAGCGAUAUAG